AUGGGAAAAGUACCGGAAUUUCGUCCGGGGGGCCUCGCUGCGCGAAGCAAAAAGCUAGAAACCCUACCUAGUCCAGUCACCUCGGUGACCCUGAGACUACCAGCAGCGGUCCACGUGGCACAGGCGAUCCGGAUCCAAAUCUUCUCAUCCUUCAUCCAGCGUUACUACACAAGUGAGGCUUCUCCUUCGAGCACUUGCUUUGACAAAGUUCUGGUCUGUCAGAUCGGAAACCUUCCUCAGAAAAGCUCCAUGACCGACCGAGCUGUGUUGGCAAUAUCCUGCCUCUUUCUGGGCAAAACAAACAACGAUACGCUAGUCUUAAAUCACGGACUGUAUUUGUACAACACUGUGAUACGGCAGAUGACCAACAUGAUUCACCGAGGCGCUUACUCCAAUGAGCUCUUGUAUAUUGCGAUGAUUUUUUGCGAGAUUAAUGUACAGUUCUUCGACUUGGUGUUUUAUGCUCCUAAUGGCGUGAGCCCUUUAGGGACACAUAUCGCAGGAAUGACAAGCCUACUAAAACAAUACAAGCCCAGAGCACAGCGCGAUCCUAUUGUUGAUAUAAUUUAUCAUCAUCAACAGAAGUUGUAUCUGGCUUUGACAUCGACAGGGAUGUAUCUCUCAAAAUCGGAAUACGAGUAUCUGAUGGAACCCACCAAUGGUGAUCCAUUGCUGGAAAUCGUGCAGACAACAGCAACUAUAGGGUCUCUGAAAUCUGCAAUUGAAGUCAAUCAGACCGAUCUGGCAGCUUGCCAAAGUAUUCUUCAGCAAUGCUUAGAGGUGCAGGCCAAACUGAUGAAAUUACAAACAGAGGGGUACCUUGGCAAAGAACCAUCCCAAUGGCACUCGCCUGAAUACAUAAACAUCUCUUCUCCGGAAUCAUUAUUCGGCCCUGCAUAUCAAUUUUCAACAUUACACAACGCGAUUCUCUACACCUUAUUCUGGGCCCACAUGGUUAUUCUUCUGCCAGUGAUUCACCGUGCACGCUCUUUAAUCCGGUCACACACAAGCUCCUCCUCGAGAAAAAAUCCUGCAUCACAAUUCGAAGAUCCGGAGUAUGUUCUUCGAGGGGCAUAUGCCGACAAAAUACCUCGCGCAAUGCCCUAUUGUUUCCAAAAGAUGAUGAAUUUGUCGUGCGCCAAGAUUGCGUUUUUCCCCUUGAAUAUGGCUUCAGUUCACUUUAUCGAUACCGGGAAUCGUAGGAAGCUUGACUACUGUCAUGAUGUUCUCAAGAGCAUAGAAUUUCGUGGGAUUGAAUUGGCCUCUUACAUCCGCGAGGUAACAAUCCAUCGAUGGGAACGCCGCUGGGAUGCGGCAGAUCCACUUGAUUGCAUAUCCCUGCGACGGACGGAUCGUCCUUUCUGCAAUACCCACCCAGCUUCUUUGUCACAAACAUUGUCAAAAGCAGCAGAGAAGGGCGUGGAAGAUGCCUAUUUGUACUAUGCCGCCGAGGAAACCCUCCUUCAGACAGGCUAA